UAGUUUGAUUUAUUUAGUUGUUUAUAUUUUCUAAAUGCGUAUGUCCGUUGUUUUUAACGAAAAUCAAAACUUUGCAUCGCACGAGAAGUUGUCAAUAUCUUGCGUCAUUUUGUCGAGUUUGUUUUUUCUUUUCACAUCUCCUUUUUAUCCUUUUGCUCUUCUCUACCGUGCAUUAUAACUGGAAAGACAUUUUUAAUUCACGAGAUUCACAGUUUAUGAACAAACGUGGCGCUAAGUAAACAAGAUUGGUUAAUCAAAUCGUGUACAAAAAUUUAUAAAAUCUUGUGUCUUAGUGUUUUAAGAGUAUGGAAGAGUCCGGAUGAAUUUUAACCAUAGAAAAUAUUGUUAACUGUUUACUCAAUUUCAAUUGAACAUUAAAGAGAUAAAAGAUUUGUGUUAAAAAAAGCAUAACAAGAUAUCGAAUAGGCUAUCAGAGUUUCAUCAAAAUAUGCUUUUAUAAAACCAGCCACAACACACCUGUUUCAUUUUCUUGUGUGGAUUAUAAAAAAGAGAAAACAUUUUAAAAUGAGAAAAUAUGUAAAAUAAAAGCAAUUAUAAUAGACCAUUUGUUUCCUCUCCCCUUUAAGCUAAUGUAUGGGUUUUUUAUAAAAGGUCAGAGAUAUGUAGGAUGAAAAUACAACAAAAUACUUUAGAAUACGCUUCAAGUAAAUAAUUCAGACGAUAUAAUGUGAAAAAUUUGCCCUUAGUUUUAUUUCCUCUUCUGUUUUGAUAUUCAAAUUUUUAAUAUGUGGAUCAUGUGCAAUUUUUGGUGUUAAGACAAAGCCACAGACUUAACGAGGUGUAAGGCGACACGUUUCUUCUAAGAAGACGGUUUUAAGUUUUUAAACGCUGGUAAUUGUUAUGAAUUUCAUUAAUUUUACUCACGUUUCUUCGCAUACAUUUGCUUUCCUGAUUUUCUCAUCACAUCUGGCGUACGUACGUUGUUGUAGCUGCUGCUAAUAUGUAAUAAAUCAAACCUGAGAAAUCAGUGUGUAUAAAACGGAAUAAUUUUUUUGACUUAGCUUAGUCUUAUGCGAGGUCUAAUUAUGACCUAGACAAUCGAUUUUACUGUACAUGAGAGUUCAAGUAUGUUACAAACUGAUUUGAGGAAAAGUCUUCGUGCUUCAUUAAGGCGUAAGAAGAAGCCACUGAUUUCUAUUAAUCAAAUGGUGCAAUACAAUAGUUACUACAAUAUAAAGUCAUUAGGCUCUGCUGAAGAAAUGACACAAUUUAUGGAAUCAGUGCAGAGAAAACAGUCUGUACUUAGUUCUUGUUUGCUACCACUUUCCGUACCAAGUGGAAUUACAGCUAAUCAAGCCAAUACCUUAAAAACCGGAGUGGUUCGCAAAAUGACGGUUGGAACGCAGGCGCAAAUCAUUCCACAAUACAAACUCGAAAAUACAGAACUUCCCAAGUUAAUGCUGUUACAUUUCGGACGAAAAAGAUUGAUAUGGGAUUGGAUUAUUCUAUUCUUGGUCGCUUACAAUGCUAUUAUUGUUCCAUUAAAUGUAGCUUUCACCAUCAAUACCCUACUUGUUUUGGAUUUAAUCUUAGAACUUAUUUUUAUGUGCGAUAUCGUUGUUAAUUUUCGCACGACAUAUAUCGAGCCUAAAACAGGCAAGCUAGUAACGAAUCCGUCCGACAUAUCUAAAAAUUACUUAAAAGGCUGGUUUUUGGUUGACUGUAUAGCUACUGUACCAUUUGAGUUAAUAAUGCUUCUUAACAAUUCCUUGCUUCCUUAUGUGGCAGUGUUGAAGAUAUUUCGUUUGCUUCGCUUAUUUCGAGUGAUACGACGAGUAAAUCGGUAUAUCGAGCACACAACCUCGCUUUUACUACUCAUGAUGUUUUCGUUUGCGCUGCUUGCGCAUUGGUUUGCAUGUAUUUGGUACGUGAUUGGUUAUAGGGAAAUGCAGAAUGGAAAAACAACUGGUUGGUUGCACAAAUUAGGUAAUCAGAAUGGAAGAUUAUUUUACAAUAACACUGGCAAAGUUAAACAACUUAAUGAAAACCAGAAAUAUAUAAACGCGUUAUACUUUGUAUUUACAAGUUUAACCACUGUUGGGUUUGGAAAUAUUGCUCCAAAUACAGUUGCAGAACAGACUUUUUCAAUUUUAGUUCUUCUUCUUGGAGCUAUUGUACAAUCCGCCAUAUUUGGAAACAUGACCGCAGUUAUUCAAAAACUUUACGCUGCAAGAGCAAAAUUUCAUGCCAAAGCCUCGCAAAUCAAACAAUUUGUACGCCAGCACCAAAUAGAUGACGAGCUGAAACGACGCAUCGAAGACUGGUUUAUUUCGCAAUGGUCUAUCAGCAAAGGAGUCAACACGCAGGAGAUGCUUGACAGCUUCCCAACUGAACUACAAGCUGAUAUAUGUUCACAUUUAUACAAACGAUUUUUAUCCUUACCUUGUUUCAUGCAUGAAAGUCGUGGCUGCCUUAGGUUGAUAUCCCUUAAGAUAAAAAAGACUUAUUUUAGUCCUGGAGAGAUGGUUAUUAAAGAGAAUGAUGUUGUGAAUGCAAUAUUCUAUAUUCACAAAGGAACAGUGGAGGUCGUGCAGAAAGAUUUCAUUGUAGCAAUAUUAGGGUCUGGUGAUGUAUUUGGUGGACAUAUUUGCAAAAACAGACCUCUACGACGUGCAGAUGGAGAUAUUCGAGCUUUAAUGUACUGUGAGAUAUUAUACUUGACACGAGAAAGUAUUCAAGAAGUUUUGAAGCAUUACCCAGACUUUGCAGAAAAUUUUUCACAAAAUAUUAGCUUGUCUUUUAACCUAGACACUAAAGAGGGCAAUACUACCUUUAACAGCUCUGGUUUGAAUUCUAUCGAAGAGGAAGAAGAAAAUUCAUUCAGCACAGAUUCGAGUAGCUUUCAAAAUUCAUCUGAUGAAGAUCGACGAAGGAAACGACAUGGAAGAAAAAAAACUUCAAGAAAAAAAAACUCCAAAAAAUCGACAUUACCAUUAUGGCAACAAAAACUUCAAAAUCGAGAGACUGAUCUUAAAAGAUCACCUUCUGCAAGCCUUAAAAGUCGUCUGAUGAAAAUUGGAUCGUCUGAUUCUGACGAAGAACACAAUGGUAGUAACGACAUUGUUUUAUUUGAGUCAGGCGAGGAUAGCGAUGAUGGUGAAAAAAAGUAUUUAACUGAUGAAAAAAACAAUAACUCUGUAGCUCCGACAGCGUUUGAUUUACCUGAUAUUGAACAAACUAACAUAGACAGAAUUAACAUAUCCUCGAGCAGAUACGAGUUGCAUGAUAAUUUUUAUCAAAAACCAGAUGUGCAGGAAGUUGAUUUAAAAUUGGAUGAAAAUUCUAUAAAGAGUACUACCUUUUCUCUUGAAUCUUCAUGCUUAUUUCCUGACCCUCCAGUGUUAAGCAAUCCUUAUUGCGACUUAAAAGCUAAAGAACUCCCCUUAAACAAAGACGCACACAGUGAACAAGAAACCGAUAACAAUAACAAAAAAGCAAUCAGACGAAAAAGCCAUCGCAAUUUAGGUUACGCUAACCAUUACCCUUCUACAAAUGGGGCCUACUUAACAGACAAUCUUUCUGCACCAACACAACAAGAUGUUUUUCCUGCUGCAUCAAGUCCAGAACGCAAUACUGCUAUGUACACAAACGUUAACGCUUUGCAUAACAACACAUUACAAGAACAAGGGCUUGAUCUAGGUAUAUAUUCUCAGCUUUCAGGUACGAAUGGUCGUGAAUCAGGUGGAACAUGCGAGUCUUAUUCUGAUACCAAUACACAUACUAGAAAAUCAGAAAACAUUUCCAUACAAAUUCCAAAUGGAAACAUUCAUAACUCAUAUGAGACUAAUGUAGAUUCUUUAAUUUCUUAUACUACAGAAGGCGUUCAGGCAAAUGAGUGUAUUGGAGCGAAUAAUGUUUUGUCGUUGCACCAUUUAGCGAAUGAAUUGUGUAAAUUAAAAAAAGAAGACAUUAACGAUGUUAAAACUGACAUAAAUAAUUUACGAAAUGAAAUUCGUGUGAUUAAAGUUGGAUUGGAUUCGUUAAUAGACUUGAUAAAGAACAACAACACGCAACGUGAAGAGGAUAGAAUAGGGAUGAAAAGCAAUGGGAACACAUCGAACAAGGAGUAAAAAAACAGUCCUCUUUGAACUACAGGAAAAGCACUUACAAGAUGAAAUUGGUUUUUACCCGUGAAGAAAUGUUAGAGAAAAAUGCAUUGAAGUUAAAAAACACAGUCAGCACCUGGAAAUUUUUUUUCGUUUGCUUGACUUUUUAAUAUUUACAAAGAACUAAAUAAUACCGAAGCUCUAGACAAUAAAACACUUUUCUAUUGGCUUUAAAAUUAGGAUAUAGUGGGACAUCUGUAUGAUUUUAUAAACAUUAUUAAAUUUUACGAAACA